GGUCAACCUGACGAACUACGGCAGGAAUAUUUGAAGUUAAAAUAAAGGAUUAAAAUCUUAUGUGCUUCAUUUCCGCAACCGGCAAACAAACGUCAUUUGAGUGUCCACAAUCAUACAACGUGCAACAACCUUCCUCGUGCCGAUAAGAAAUUGCAUAGUUGCUCGAAAACAAAACUGUUCAAGCUUACUUGCUUUAUUAUUUCUCCGUCCAGUAACGAUAGGUACUGUAUAUUUGACGGUGUGAUAUUUCGUGCGGCGCACACUGCGCAAAAUCGUCUAAUCGUGAAUUUCGUGAUCACCAACACGGCUGAAAGCGGUGGGAAAACUCGAUUUCCAUCUCACCGAACGUAUAAGCAACAGCUGCUCGGAGGAAAACAGCCAGUUUUUCACACGCAUCCGGAACGAUAACAUCUUGUGUGACUUCCCGUGCCGGAGACAUCUGGAUUAGAUUUGCCGGCCGUUCUAUCUUGUCCUAUUACAAAGUUCAAUCGGUUCGAAUAGACUAACGGACGGAAAGCGAGCCCGUGGAAUUGUGAAAAGUCUACUUUAUUGUUGCAAAGAGUAGUACGUUCAUAAUUGGUGCCAGCAAAAGAAUGGAUGAUUCAAUCGAUGAGGAGGUGAUCUCGGGUGGUUCAACCGUUACAGUCGAGUUCAGUGGUGGAGCAGAAACGCUCUUCGGUGGGGUAAAAGAACACAUCGUCCCGCUGGAUGGUUCAAAAAUAGUAUUACUCGAGGAGAUGCUUCGGUGGCUCCGGGACAAUCUGCUUACAGGCGAUCCGAAUCUUUUCCUCCAGGAUCACAGUGUACGACCGGGAAUCCUAGUGAUGAUCAACGAUACCGAUUGGGAUCUGAUGGGCGAAACCGAGUACAUCUUACAACCAGGUGACCAUAUCCUCUUCAUUUCCACCUUGCACGGAGGAUAAACACCACGCCUGAAAAUGAAAACUGUGAUAAAGUACUACUACAACUACUUCUACUACUACUACUACUACUACUACUACUACUACUUCUAUUGAUACUACUGAAGCUAUUACUACUCGCUACCUACACAGAAAACAGCGAGAUCGUUUAAGAUUGGUUCUAGUGUUAAGCGAAACUGCCUUCCUUUUUUUCAAACCCCCGGUGUUGUACACACGCACUGCAUGUAGUGACUUUUGAUAAGACUCGAUCGCCCAGGAAAAACCGAGAACGCCAACGAUCGUACGGUGGCACGGUGAGACGCAACGUCUGGUAUCGUAAAGUCAACAGAAAGUUCGAGUGCUACGCGAGACAAAAUCAAGACACGGAGAGUGUUUUAUGUUUUGUUUUUUUUUUGAAUUCGGUGCGUGCGUAUUUGCUGAAAUUUUCCUAAUUAAUCGCACAGAAUGAUGUAAGCAAGGGAGCCAAAUUAAUCCGUUUGAUAUUUUUAAAGCUGAACAGACUUGGCGCAUAACCACUUCCUACGAUAACUGGUUUUUUUACUUCGGUUUUGUUUAUGAUUAUCGUACGGUGGAAAAGAGUUAAUGAAAAUAUACCAAUGUAAGUUGAUUACUUCA